CAUCCUCGUCAAAGGGCAAGAGAGGGAAGCUUGGACAGCGCUCUUCUCCUUUCAAGAUCUCGCUCGUAUUCGGGAAAGACUCUUUUUGAUUAGAGAUCAAGGUGAACACGGUGCCCAUUGCUGAGAAUACUUGGACUCUAUAAGUAGGCGAAUUAUUGCGCUAUGUCUGGAAUUCCCCAGGCAUCAGCUGCACCAUCCGGGUCGGGGUUUGCGAAGCCGAACGCGGUCGAAGUGCGACGCGCUGUUGCAUCCCAAGCAUUGGUGGGGUCGUCAAGCGCGUCCGAUCGAACAGCAAGAGCGCAAUCUCUAGCAGCUAUGGACUCCACAUCCGGCCCGUCGAGUGGUCAAAUCAGGAAAGGGCCUCUUGCACAAGUUCCGCCCGGCUCCAUCGGAUCGGUAGCAAUGACCACAAAGUCGACUUCGUCCCCCGGAAGCGCUUCGCCGAGCAGCUCUGCCACGAUGCCUUCUGUACUUGCACCUGGGCCCGUCACCGGCGCUUCUUUGCCGCAUCCUCAGAUGCGCCCACGUGCUACCGAACAAGAAGGCUGGACAUCGAAUGGAGCGCCGCCAAUGAUCCCGCGAGCGCCAGCAAGGAAGGGUGCCAUGGACGACUUUUUGCGCUCCUAUCCUCGUCCCCCUCCGCGUCGAAGUCCGGAUUACGUCGCACGAAGAGCAGCUACAAACACGGCCAUGUCCCCUUCGGGACUCGCUGCAAGCGCGUCAGAAUCUGCUCCUGUGCGCCCUGCGCGCCCUGCGCGUCCUGCGUGGGACACUCAACUUGACAUACCUGCAGUCGAGGGCUUUGAGACAGAGAUUUUGCCUCCGCCACCAACCUUACCGAACGACCCGGCAUACCCGCCCUUGGCACCAGACGCACCCCCAGAAUCGGCCGUGCCAGUGGCCAAGAAAAAGGGUCAGAAUUCGGGCGCGACCUCGUUUACACCUACUUCAUUUACCCCUCAUUCCGGCGCAAAUGGUUCCCGCCAGAUGAUUCUGAGUGUAGACGAACAGGGCCGAGUCAGAAAGGGUCCGGCCAUUCCGGACGGCUUGAGAGCAAUAGUCGACGGAACGUUCUGUACACUUCAGAAACCGCUUUCGAAGCCCCAUAAGCGUUUGCCCAUACACAGAGAAGGGCGGCCUCAUCGGGGCAAGCCACUGCCAGCGCAACCAAACACAAGGACGAAUGGGGCGCCAACAGAAUCUGGACAAGGCAGCGACGCGGUCAAGAUCAAGUCGGAGCCCAACGCUUCCCCUGCGGUGCCCUUGAUUCCGCUCCCCGAGCACGAGCACAGUAACGACAAGGCCUCGACCACCUCGCCCGCUCCUCGAUUAGCUCGGAGCGUUUCUGAGCUCACUGCAAGCGAUGUAGGCGGUCCAGCAGAUGGGGCUUCGGUUGCGUCUGAGGAUACGGUGGCGUUGGAGGAGGAUGUGGAGGCUAAAGGGAUCGAUGAAAAGGGAAAUCUUGUCAUGCAUUCGCUAGACAGCGGUAUAGAUGUGGCGUCCGCAAAGGGAGACAAUCGCAAAAAACGCAAGCCAAUGAGGAAGGAUAGAGAGUCGGCGGCCUCCUCUGAUCUCACAGAGUCGUCGCCGGCGCCCGUCGGUGAUGUUAUCAUCACGAACAGCCCUCGCGGAAGACCUUCUCGAGCGGCUGGCUUGGCGGGGGCAGCAGCCAGCACAGCUUUCAUGAAUUCGCGCAGAAGAGGUUUCAAGCAGCCAGAACCCCUGGCCACCACUUCGACGCGCCCGUCUGAAACGCUUUUGCCACGCGAAGCGGGCGCGAUGCAACCCUCAAUUUCGGGAAGCGCUGCUCCACAAGGCUCUGCUUCGUCGAUUUUGAGCGACUCGGCAUCAGGUCCUGUCAGCCCAAAGGGGGCGAGGGGUGCUUCAAGCAGCAUCUUGGUUCACCCACGCGGAGUCGACAGCGCAGAUCAUCAAGAGCCGAACAACGAGCAUUGCGAAACUUGUGCUGGAUCUGGUCAUCUACUCUGUUGCGAGGGAUGCACCCGCUCCUUUCACUUCGCUUGCUUGAAUCCUCCUUUGGACAUUGACGAGAAGCCUGCAAGUUCCACCCCCAAUGGCGUUCCGACAAACGCGAGCACAGACGAAGCGUGGUAUUGCAACGUUUGCAGAGCUCUCAGGAGAGGAAAACAAAGGAAAGCGAAAGGCUUGUUUGGCUCGCUGCUGCAGAAACUUGACAGCGAGAAUCCGAGCGACUUUGUGCUACCUGCUGACAUUCGCGGUCAUUUCAAAGGCGUCACCGCUCACCCUGACGGCUCAUAUCUCAAUGCUACACUCGUGCGGCCUCUGAGAAUCACCAAGGCGGGCAUUAUCGAUGAGAGGGACCCUUACAAGCUCAAAGACAAGCAGGGCGCUUUGGUACUCUGCUACCACUGCAAAGGGUCUGCGAUGCCGGAAGAUCGAGAUGCGCUCCUGCAUGCUCACAUUGAUGCAAGAGAGAGCGCCAAGACCGCAUCGCCGCAGCGUCUGAAACGGCGUGCUGGAUCGUCACAUCAUCCAGUGGAAGCGCCACCGCAAAGCGCAAAGGCUCCCCGGGUCGCAUCGGAAGCUAAAGCCGAAGCGCUCAGAGCAGUUCCCUUCGAGGUCGUCGCUGCCCUAGCAAACAAUGAAGGGAAGGGGGACGCAGAGGGAUGGCGUAGAAUCGUGUCCUGCGAUUUUUGCUCCUUGCAUUGGCAUCUCGAUUGCGUUGAUCCUCCAUUGAUCAGCAUGCCUCAUGAGACCCGGAAGUGGAUGUGUCCGAACCACGUCGACCAAGCGACGCCACCACCUCGAGUGCCAAAAGUCACCGCGGCACAGCAACAGGUCGUCGAUUUGCCCGUGCCAUCUGCAGCUAGCAUCGGUCCGGGCAGGCAUUACCGAACACGUGUCCGCAACAGCGGCCUCAUAGACAUCAUUCCGGAUCCCUUGGAUGACAUUUUCGAUUCAUCGAGUGGCAAAAGACGUAGCAGCAACGCGUGGAUGCUGGAUGAUGUCGACGUCGAUGAAGAUGAUGAAUUGGACAAGUUGGGACACAAGGUCAAGCUGCGCAUACCUGAGCGCGUCAUCUUGUUGGACUUUUGGCAGCGCGCCCGGCACAAUCGCGCUCUAUUGCAAGGGACGCGGGACAAGCACACUGUGGCUGCCGAUUCAGGGCUGCAACUGUUGGCUGAGAUAGCCAAGCAGGAGCUACCACCCCCUGCUUUCAAGUAUCAAUCUACCAUUGAGGCUUUGACGUCUCCCGUGCCACCCAUGGACGCACAAGAGUCGAGCGUUCGCUCCGACCCCCAAGCCGUGCCGGCGCCAUUUUGCAAGGAGAUCUCUCAAGCCGUCAUGACACUACGGCGCAAUCCAAUUGCCCGCGGGGAGCACGCACGUUCCGAAAGCCCUCUCACCGAUAUCGACGAUGGGGCCGUUGUCAAGCAGUCGGCGCCGCACGUCCGAGCUUCCAACUCUACUGCAGACCGCUUGACAAAUGGCGAAUCCAGCAAGGUCGAGUCGACAGCUGGGCGAGGCUUGCGCAUCAACGGAUUAGGCGCAGUGAUGGGAGAUGGCCUUGAAGAGAUGCUGGAAGCUGCGGGCUUUGGCGAAAGAUCUACUGCUCAAUCAUCAGACGGGCCACCAUCCACACCGCAGCGCUCGACGCCCAGGCGAGCUGCCGGGGCAGCAGCGGCAGCGGCGCUCAUAACGACACCGAGUCAUGAUCGCCACGCACCGCAAAAGCGCAAGCUGAUCAAUGGUGACUUGAGUCAAGACUCUGCCGCGAGCACGCCGCAGCGAGGCCUUGCGAAGAGGUCCAAGAGGAAUCACGAUGGUGCGGCUGCGCCUCUGGACGGCUUUGCCCACCAAGAGGUACAGGUGUCUCCGCCUCUGGGAAAAGAUCAGCAGGUGCAGACGCUGAUUUCUCGAGGCACUGACCAACAAGUGCAAGCCUCGCCGGUAGGAGCGGCUGCUUUGGACGCAAAAGUCUCGCCAGAAGAAAUUGAAUCCCUGCUAGCGGUUCGAGAGCUUAUGCGCCACAAGGGAAAAGAAGAGAUUCUCAGAUUCUUGCGUAGCUGAGCGCUUGUGCCGCGUCGUGGAACACACCUUUGAACUCCCGAGUCGAGAGUUCUGCACCUUUGCAGCUCCCGCUCCUGCUGAGCAUGUAUCAUACACAAUCCAUGUGAUUCUAUUGGCGACAAUCUUGCAAGGCCAUCUUAUCAGCC